CCCCAGUACAGCAGAGACACAGACAGAGAGAGAGGUACAGAUGGAACAUGAGUACACAAAGCAGGAAAUGACUUGUGUAUACAGAAGAAAAAACUGAGUAGAAAUUGGAUAGGAGGAGCAGAAAACGUGAUUAGCGUGAGAGAAAAGAAAAGGCGGGACAGAAAGAAUAUAGUGUUAGAAGGGGGGAGGAGAAAGGGGGAUGUAAUGACUGAUGCUUCACCCUCCUGCAGUUUGAUGCGACGCAGCCUCGAGCCUGAAGACAGAGCAACACGUGGAGGGACCUGGGUGCUGAUCAACGAGGCAAGAUGUCAUAUCAGAGCGGAAAAGCUAAAAGGCACCAACAGCCCACAAAGGGGUGAAUCACGGAGGAUGGAACCAUGCCUUUCCAUUGGCAAGAUCUGAUGAAUAACACUUCUGAAUCCUAAGAGUGCCGUGUAACUGGGAUCGAUUGCAGUUUGAAACAUCAAGAGUCUAUCAACGUUGGACCAUUAAUAUACUUCACACAAGAGCAAACCCCUACGCACCAUAAUGGAGAGCAUUGGCGCUCAAACACCUCCGUUCCCACGCUUUAAGCAUCGUUUCUGAAUCAAGCAUCCUGUGAAUGCACCAGGCAGCUUGUCCUUACAGUAAACAGUGAACAGCCCUUGGCUUAAGAUGAACUUUUCCAACAACAACAACUGUGCAAGCACUGAAUAUCUGCGGACGUACCAGCACCAACUGUAUGCGGUGGUGUACAGUGUGAUCUUAGCGCCAGGCCUGCUGGGAAAUGUGCUGGCACUCUGGGUGUUCAAGGUUUACAUCAGAGAAACCAAGAAGGGGGUGGUGUUCAUGAUUAACCUGGCUGUGGCCGACCUACUGCAGGUGCUCUCGCUGCCUCUGCGGAUCUACUACUACCUCACCGACACCUGGCCCUUUGGUCACCCUCUCUGCAUGAUAUGCUUCUAUCUCAAGUACGUUAACAUGUACGCCUCCAUCUUCUUCCUGGUGUGUGUCAGCGUGCGUCGCUGUCAGCUCAUCAUGCGUCCGCUGAGGUUCAACUCGUCCAAGCAAAGAGGAGAUUUGGUAAUAUGUGCCGUUGGCUGGCUGUUAGUCUGCCUAUGCUGCCUGCCUUUCCUCUCCUGAGGAAACCCCAACAAUGAAACAGACGUUAAUUCAAGUCGUCCAGACUUGUGUUUCUCUGAGCUGCCAAUGAGGACGGUCAGUGUUCAAGCCGCUUGGGUGCUCCUCAUCCUCGCAGAGCUAAUGGGCUUCAUCGUUCCUCUUAUCCUAGUGUUAGGCUGCACCUUUCUGACUGCUGGCAGUCUUCGGGGACUCCACGGCGUGGGCAAUCCUGACCGGGGGGAGAAGAGGAGGGCGUUACGGAUGGUGCUUAGCUGUGCUGUGGUCUUCCUAGUGUGCUUUGCUCCUUACCAUGUCACCAUGCCCCUGGACUUCUUGGUUAAAGCUGAUGCCCUGAGCAGCUGCGCCUUAAGGGACUUGAUUCUGCGAUGUCACCCCGUCACCCUCUGCCUAGCCAGCCUGAACUGUAGCCUGGACCCACUCAUGUACUAUUUCACAACUGAUGAAUUCUGGAGGCGACUGAGCAAGCCGGAGAUACCAGAGACUUUCAACAGGCGCCUGUCCUGUAUGACUGGAGGAGAGAAUACAGAGAACUAGAAACUCUUAGACCUCUCUUAUUGAUGAAGGACCUGAGAUAGAUAUACACUCCUAAAUCUAAGGAUAGAUAGUUAACGUGAAAACUGGUAAGUGCAGGGUCUAGCUGCAUAACUUGAGACUGGGCCCACCUCCCUCAACGGACUCUUACGGGGCCCUAGCAUAAAGAAGGAAGACAUUUAUGGAAGAGGACAAUCAUCAGGUUACGAUUGCGUGAGUUAGUUAGUUGGAAUUAGCCCAUGACCUGCGAAAAAAACACAAAUAACAUAACCUACUAUACUACCAACUGUAAGACUAACUGUAAGUUAAGCAGAAAAUGAUUAUGAACUAACCCUAUAAGUUUGCUUACAUUAGCUAGCCAUGUUUAUGUUGUUAGCAAUGUCAACAUUAGCUUAAAGGGGACUUAUCAUGCAAAAUGCACUUUGUGAUGUCUUUUAUACAUAAAUAUGUGUCCCCGGUGCGUCGGGGAACUCACGCAGCGUCAGAAAAUAAAACCCUCUCUCGGGUGUACAACGAGCGGAUACAGAUGUCCAUCCGCUGUGACGUCGGCAGACCCACAGAAAGUUGCUAUCAGAAACAAUGCCUGACAUGUUUUGGACGUAAUCGCCUCUUUGUUUACAUUAGCAAGCCACGCUAAC